AUGCCUGAAGCAACCUCAUCUAUCCCCGCCACUUCGCGUCGGCAGCAGGUCCCAGAAGAAGACGCCACAAAACUUCAGUUUGGAGAAUUUGCGGACGGAGAAGCUCUAACUUUGACCGAGGUGGCUACCUUGCUCGUAUAUGCUCGCUCAGUCGCUGGGGUACCUCCGGCACCCGACAACAAGGUGUACCAGUCAACAUCUGAAUAUGUGAACGAGUUUUCCAGCACAUCCAUGGAAGUUUCCGACGCUAUGCGGAAUGCUCUUUCCGCCAAUGUGGGAUUCCUGAACAAAUUCGAGAUUGCCCAAAUCAUGUCAUUGAGACCUGAAAAGGUUGAGGUGGCUGUUGCUCUCAUACCCAGCUUGGAGCGAUAUGCUCAAGGUGACGAGAGCGAAGAACAGCUGCAGAGCCUGUUGGAUGAGGUGAGGGGCAUUGUGCGAUAUGGCGUACAGCCUUAG